AUGGGUGGGAAUGGACUCGGUCCUACUACUGCACACGUCCUCGAGGCAAACACGCCUACUCCGGCCAAUGAAACCAUCGAAGAAGGCAAACCCUCGCGCACGAGCAAUGAAUCAGAGAUUCCUUCAUCUAAGGUCAGCCUAGAGCAACGAAAUGAGAGGGAAAUCGCGGCGCAUCCAAGCGAAAUCACCCGGAAUGCCCAAAACGGAGUGCAAAAGGCAGAGGCGACAGCCCUCGUUUGGUCAAAGAAGGCGGUUUAUGCUAUUUAUGCAUGGAUCUGGAUGUGUUACUUCAUCCUCUCUAUGCAAUCCUCCAUCAGCGCCAACAUGAUAUACUACGCCUAUGCCGAUUUUGAAUCAGCCCCUCAGAUAUCCCAGGCAUUUAUCCUAUCGACUAUCAUUGCAGGGAUCAUCGCACUUCCUAUCGCCAAAAUCCUCAAUUUGUGGGGUCGCGCUGAAGGCUUUCUUUUGUUCUUGGGCCUUUUCCUCAUAGGAUUCAUCGUGAUAGCCUCAUGUGAUGGCCCAAAUAGCUUUGCGGCCGGGUAUACGCUCUAUACAAUUGGGAAUAACUCCGUUACCUUUAUAUUGGGGAUAUUCGUCGCCGACGCGACAGGCCUACGGAAUCGAGCAUUCGCUACAGCAUUCAUCGGCACUCCGACUUUGUGUACCGCUUUCGCGGGUCCAUUGGCUGCACAGGCUUUUUAUACUCACUCGACGUGGAGAUGGGCAUAUGGAUGUUUUGCUAUCAUCAUCUUCGUUGUAUUCGUGCCCCUUGCACUCGUGCUCAAAUUCUAUGAGCGCAAGGCUGGAAAAAUGGGGAUUUUCGUCAAGACCAAAAGCGAAUUAACGGUCCUGCAGUCAAUUGUGCACUACUUCCAUGAAUUCGACUGCGUUGGAGGCUUCCUGCUCAUAGCUGCCUUCAUUCUCGUUUUGUUGCCCUUCAGCUUGGAGAUUUAUGGCUACGGUGGGUACUCAUCGCCCACCUUUAUCAGCAUGGUCGUGAUUGGUGUCCUUUUAUUCCCUGUAUUCGCGAUAUGGGAGAAACGCUUUGCAAGAACGCCUUUCAUCAAGUGGGAGUUGUUCAAGAAUCGUACCGUCGUCGGUGCCUGUGUUGUUUCCGCGGUGAUCUUCUUCAACUACUUCACGUGGAACCAAUACUACUAUUACUAUCUCCAGGUUGUCUAUAACCUCGAUACAGCAAAGACUGGAUACAUGACUCAAAUCUACGGUGUUGGGUCUACCAUCUGGGGCGUCGUCUUUGGCAUUUGGAUCCGGCAGACGAAACAUUUCAAACACAUUUGCCUUUUCUUCGGGGCUCCCCUGUUCAUGCUGGGUGCAGGUCUCAUGAUCCACUUCAGAGGUGCCGACAGCAACAUCGGGUAUCUGAUAAUGUGCCAGAUCUUCAUUGCAUUUGGGGGUGGGACUCUCGUCAUCGGCGACGAGAUGGCCGUCAUGGCUGCCGCCGAUCGUGAGGGAAUCCCAAUGAUGAUUGCCUUGAUUAGCCUUGCUGGCAGUGUGGGGGGCUCUAUUGGAUACGCUGUUGCCGUCGCCAUCUACUCGAAUACUUUUCCUGAGGCUUUGUUGAGUGCACUCCCCGACGAGACAAAGGCCGAAUACGCUACAUUAUAUCUCGGUGGUGCUGCGGCUCAACUUGCUUAUCCUCCUGGAUCUGCGACUAGAGAUGCCAUCAACCAUGCGUGGUCAUAUAGCCAGAAGUAUGAAUGCAUCGCCGCUUGCGCUAUUGUCAUUCUUGCAUUCCCUGCUGUCGCCGUGUGGAAGAACUACAAUGUCGACAGGAAACAGGUUAAGGGGAUUGUUAUUUGA